AUGUCGGACUUUUCCCAGUACCAGGGUCCCUCCUCGGAAUGGGAGACUUUUGUCCAGAAGAACCCGCUACCAGUUGGGAAUCUGAGUUUGUCACCCCAGGCCAUCCGACAAGCAACAAACACACUUCGUGUUCGCAUCUCGGAAGCCGAACUUGAAGCAGAUGAUCUGCGCAGCAAAACCACAUGGAGUGACUACUGCAUAUUGACCCGUGACAAACAAAACAUCAUUGUCCGCGUCUACCGUCCGAGGCAUGCCCCAGCCACGGCACUCCUACCGGUGUACCUCUACUUCCACGGCGGCGGCCACCUUCUCGGCACCAUCGAGACGGAGGACGCGGCCUGCUCGCGUGUUUCUUCCCAAGCCGGCAUCGUCGUCGCCAACGUCGGCUACCGGCACACGCCCGAGUUCAAGCACCCGACCCAGGUCAACGACGCAUGGGACUCGUUCGAAUGGCUAGCGAGCAACGCCGCAACCAUCGGCGCCGACCCGACCCGCGUCAUCGUAGGCGGCAUCUCCGCCGGCGCAGGUCUAGCAGCCGCCGUCAUCGCCCGCCAGCACGGCGGCCUGGAGGCCUCGUUGUCCAGGGCAGAUGGGCUGGAGAUAUGCGGCCAACUCCUGUGCAUCCCGUGGCUUGUACAUCCGGACAACCACCCGCUUGCGGGAGCGCCCACUUCGUCUUUCUGGCAGAAUGUUGACGCUGCCGUGCUUCCGAUGGCUCUGCUCCGGCUCUUCACGGACCUACUUGGCGCGGAGCGGGAUCCCGCGGACCCGGUCCUCAAUGUGGCGUUGAUCGACGACGCCGGGGUCGUUGGCAUGCCGAAGACGAGCUUUUUGGUUGCUGGGCAGGACUUGCUCAGGGAUGAAGGCUUGUUCUACGCCGAAAAGUUGAAGAAAAACGGAGUUCCGACUAAGGUGCACGUUUUUCCUGGCUUGCCACACGGCUUCCGGCGAUUUACCGACCUGCCAUCGAGCAGGCGCUGGGAUGAUCUAUUAGUCGAGAGUUGCAAAUGGUUUCUGUCUGCUGAUAACACUUCGUCAUUCACUGUCAUGGAAACGUAG